AUGAGUAAUAAGAGCACAUCCAUCAACCAAUUCCCCUGCUCCUCUCAAGCGUGGUAUAGCGGGUCAGCACGGCCCAUAGCGGGGGUGUCGGGGGUUCACCUAGUGGGUUGUCGAGGUGUCCCCACGCGCUGCUGCCAGUCCGUAUUCGGCCCGUACGGGAUCAUAGAGUGCCACGAACCUUGCUUGUUCGUCGUCGCGCGCAGCCCGUCGAGCACGCCCGCGCGCGCAAGCAGGCUCGCGCUGGCGCAGACGCCGACGAGACGCCGCGUUGAUCGUGGACUCGAGGCCGCGCGUGCCGAUCACGCUGGGGACGAAAAGGACGCCGAGCCAGGGGGGCGGGGCGACGAGGGUGUGGGUGGAUACGACGUCGAGUCGAGCAUGUUCUUUUCUGCGGGAGGCGCGGUCGAGACGGGGGCGAGUGUUGCCAGUGAAGGAGUUCGAGAUGAGGGAGAGCGAGAUGUGGACGUGCCGCGGCGAGAGCUUGGAAGACCUCGAUGGGGCCGAAGACGUCGAGGAGGGCGGACUGUCCUGAGCGAUCGGAUGAUGGCGAACCGCAUGGACAGCAGCGCUGCGCAGACGGCUGCGACGCAGAGAGGAGGGGAGGCUAACAUCGCUGCACUUGUGAACGCGUACGAUGACGUUCAGACGUUGCCGCGUUUGUGGCAGCCUGGUCUUGGUGACCCAAGCUCCUUGAUACUGUCGGAGAAUCUCACGUAUGCGCCCUCACACGGCGUGCACGCCACGCAAUCCGCGUCACUCCACUUUGUGAGAGUCGUCCUCGCGCUUGUGUGUGUAUCGUUCACCCUCGUUUACUCCGGUCUCGGGCUGACGCCCGGCGGGUACGAACGGUCACUGUAG